GUUAUAUCUCAGUUUUUAACACCUUAAAUCUUAACCUAAAUUUACUCCCAUUUUAAAAUCUGUUCAUAAUCUUUUUUUAAACUAAUAAUUUUGCACCGUAUCGUUUUUAUGAUGUUCAGUUUAUAUUGUUCAAGAAGGGUUGACACUUUACUUUAAACAAAGACUAGAACUUUUUUUAUUUAAAUCUUUACCUGAAGAUAUCCAGGUAGUUAAAAUUAAACCACACAUAUAUAUUGAACGAUUUAAAACGGAAAUAUGAAUAAAAAAUCUACCUUGUCACCAGAUUCUAGCAUAACUUUUAUACCUGCUGAUCAUUUUUAUGGUGAAAUAGAAAAUGUUUUUACCACUCCAACUACUGCGAGUGAGGCUUCGGGCGAUGCCGAACAAAUGGAACUCGAAGAAGAUUUGCUGACGUGUUGUAUUAAUAAAGAACGAUUUUUAUCUGUUCUCUACUCUUUAAAAGACAAAAAGUUAGAUAUCUUGUUACCGUAUUUGAAACUGUUGCAUUUAUUCAAAAAGCAGAAAGAAUCUUUGUGUAUUGGAAAUUUAAUCGAAACUCCCAGAGAAAAAACGCCGACGGAAAGCAAAGAAUCAGAGACACCCCAAGAUAUGUCUCUACCGAAAUACUUCGACUGGGAUUUUCCGGAAUCAUGCGAUGGCCUGUCAAUGGAACCUGUUGUCUCGGAGCUGGAGGAAGAACAAGAAAUGAUCCUUAUAGAUGAUCUUCUGAACAUACUGGUAGGUUACGAUGGGAAGUAUAUCAAGGCAAACAUGGUCAAAGACAUGAAACAAAAGAGAACAUUCAGAAUCAGUUCGCACAUCAUACCGUCAUUCAGAGGACUCGUAGAGAAGAUUCUUCCCGUCGCCUCGGCCUAUUCUAUCUUAGUCAGGUUCAUCAACGAAAACACGUCCUUCCCAGCCGGCAAGGUCAACCAGGCCUUAGCAGCGUCACUCUCUGACGAACUCUUGGAAUAUAUGAAUAACGUACUUAAUCUGGAGUUCAUGAAAGAAUCGCAAGGCUUGAACCUCCACGUGGCGUGGUGUGCACUGCAGGAAAUCACCAAAAAGAUGAGAAUCAUGGCUAAAAUUGUCGAUUAUAUUAACAAAGAAAACGCCAAGGGCGCUGCCAGCCUCAACAUAUUACAUCGUUGUACUUCCAACGCUUUGGCAGACCCAGAAGCCGAAAAGAUUUGUCUCAAGCUUACGAAGGCAGCUUGUGUUCCCUAUUUUGAAACAAUAGAGAAGUGGAUAUACAAAGGACAGAUAAACGACCCGUUCGACGAAUUCAUGGUCUUAAAAAGGGCAGAGAAAGGCAAAGUAAACUUGAAUUGGGAAAACAAGUUCGAACUAAGACCUAAAUGUGUACCCUCGUUUUUAAAACAUGACGACAAGCUAAUGUUCAACGCCGGCCGGUACAUGUAUGCCAUCCAUAGAAGUUUAUCAGCUUUGGAAAAACCUCCUUGCGCUGAGAUGGAACACAUACAAUAUGAAAACAUUGAAUUGGUUUACCUCAACAUGAUAAGAAGAGGUUACGACUUUGCUAACGAGACCCUUCUCGCUAUGCUGGAAGACGAAUCUAUGAUUUCUUGGCUAAGAACCGCCAAGUCUUUUUUCAGUUUAGAAUAUGAUGAUGUAUUUUACAAUAUUAUGUUUAACUGUAAUGACGAAUUGAAAAAACCUUCGUAUAUUAUCUCGGUUUCUUAUCUCCAGGAACUAGUGGAAAACUGUAUUCGAAGUUGUUCUUUGGGGGCUUUGCCUUUCGCAACUGAAUACUCUGUCAAAUUGGAAAAGUGCUCAUUGAUGUGUCAAAUGAAAACCUUCAACAUGCAGGGAGCGAAGGAAGCCGUCGAGAACCUAAAUGGCCUCGAAGCGUUGACCUUCGCGACGAGCCCUCCAUGGCCGGUCUGCAUCAUAUUCAACUCCAAGACGUUAACUGGCUACCAGAUGCUUUUCAGGCACAUAUUUUAUAUGAAGUACGUCUAUAUGAAACUGACUUCGACCCGACUGGCAGAGGUGCCCAAAACUGUUCACCUCUUGAAGUAUUCCAUGACAGUCUUCGUUCAAACAUGUUUGUCGUACAUGACGGUGGACACAAUACAGACCCUAUGGGACAAAUUCGAGAACGAAUAUAGGUGCGUCGAUAGCGUUAUCGAAUUGGUCCAACUCCACAAUAACUACAUGUACCAAACCCUAAUGGGCUGCAUGUUGGCUUCUUCCGAUGUCUUUCAAUACUUGCAUGCUACCCUCGGGAUCUGCCUGACGUUCUGCGUGAACUUGGAUUUUAAAAUUGAAAGAGAUUUCAAGAAGUGCUUAGUUAUCCUUAUUAAAGCAGCUUCGAGAGAAGCGUGCUGGACUUCCUUCAUCAAAGCCUUGAUCCCUACAUUCACAGACAUUCCCGAGUUAAUGGAGCUGGAUAAUUUGUGUCUCUAUUGAUUAUAUAUAAUAAAUUUGAUAGCAUCAAAUAG